AUGAAUUCCAAGUGCAUCAAGUUUGAGAACAGGCUGCGUCCCGAGAUCAAACAGGGUAUUGCUUGUCAGAAGAUAAGGAACUAUCCAGAGCUAGUGAGCAGAAGCAGAAUUUAUGACAAUGAUAACAGAGCCAGGAUUGCACAUUACAAAGCUGUGAAUGAUCGAAAGGGUAAGCAUGAUCGUGGGAAACCAUACAGUUCUCCUGCUGAUAAAGGAAAACAGAAAGUUGGUUUUCGGAAGAAGCCAAAUGGGGGAGGGUUUGCUUCCAACCCCAUUAAUUGCUUCCGAUGUGGUAUCGAGGGGAACCGUGCUAAUGAAUGUCAGAAAGGCAUGAAGAAGUGCUUCAAGUGCGGAAAAACAGGUCAUGUCGUGGCGGAUUGUAGAACCAGUGUGCCUACUUGCUACAACUGUGGUGAGCAGGGUCACAUCAGCACUCACUGUCAAAAGCCAAAGAAGUCUCAGACUAAUGGGAAGGUGUUUGCAUUGGUAGGGACCCAAUCUAUCGAUGAGGACCGGUUGGUCAAAGGUACUUGUUUCAUCCAUAAUACUCCUUUGAUUGCUAUUAUUGAUACGGGUGCGACCCACUCGUUCAUUUCUGUUGACUGUGUGAAGAGAUUAGGACUUGUGCCGUCUACUUUAGAUCGGAAUAUGACUAUUGAAACUCCAUCUAUUGGUUCUGUGGUUACUUCUUUAGCAUGCUUGAAUUGUCCGUUGACUAUCUUUGAUAGGGAUUUCGGAGUGGACUUGAUUUGUCUGCCACUCAGUAAUCUGGACGUUAUUUUGGGAAUGAACUGGUUAGAGUUCAAUCGUGUAUAUAUUGACUGCUUUAGGAAGAGGUUGUUGUUCCUUACUCCUGAAGAGGAAGCAUUGGCAGAUUCGUUAUCUACCAAGGAGAUGAGAAUAUUGUUGGAGGAUGAAGCUAAGAUGUUUGCUGUGUUUGCUUCACCGUCUGUUGAGAACAAAACAUCAAUUGAAGAGAUACCGGUGGUGAAUGAAUUUCUUGAAGUUUUUUUAUGA